GCGCCUUCGAGCCGUCGGGAUACACGGCAGCAGAGGCACCGUUGUUGUAUACUGUCGCGCUACGCGUGCUACAGUCGUGUUCGUCGCAUCAUUGUUGCCGUCGUCGUCGCCGUUGCCGUCGUCUUGGAGCACCCUAGGUGGCACCUUCGCCAUUGGCCUCAUCGGCUUAUGUCUUCUUGCUCCUUCGUACGAAGGAGGGUUGAUCGCUCGCCGUGUUAAGAGGGGCGCGUUCUCACAUGAGUUUACCGGAGCAUCACGGAGCAGCGGCGUUCGGCACUUACCCUCGCCAACCUCCGAUUGCAGUGUCGCCGACUCCUCGUGACGAUAAAAUUGGCACGUUUCCAAGCUGGCGAAGCGAAACUGUACAGAUUGCACAGCACUACCGCCUUGCUGCUACUUUUAUCCGCUGGUCUCCAGUCUCGAGGAUACGAUUACGCGGCCUUAUCGUUACUUCGGGGUUUACUCGCAGUGCAAAUGGAAAGAGCAAUUUCGCGCGAACUGAAUGAACUGCGCAUAGUCGACUGGAAGUAACUUGGGAAUAUAGAGUCGUGUCUCGUGAAACGUGUCGCACGUACCUGUAGCUGCUACGAUCACGUUAGUUGAUUGAUACCUGUGCAGCAGGUAAGCAGUGUCGCGUAUGCAACAAUUUGAUGCAUCGGUGCAGCGCAGCGAUGACUGCUUAGUUUCGGAGUACGAGUUUCGAAGUGUUCCCGUUACCUUUUAUCUUUCACAUAUCUCGAACGAAGUGAACGUAGGGUGAACGAUCAAGUGUUGUCGAUCAGUCUCGAUCGAUCGAAGGGAUAGUAGUGUAUGUUUCGCGCCACGAAGGGAGCAAAGUAAUAAAGGAACAGCGGCGUCGUUAGAUGCGAGGAUUUUAAAAGCAGCUCCUGGAGGCCAGCCCGACGCAAUGCGUCGACGCUGCUGACGCAAACGCGCCUGGAUGCGUCUCACUUUUAGCACGUUACCACAGCUUGCCGUUUUAGCGAAGAUUUUGUGCCUCCUGAUGGUGGUGAUGUGCGGGGCGGUGCCGGCGAUGGUGCGCUCCGUGAGUCUCUACUCAACUUGCAGCAGCGGCAAUGUUACCGUAAUAGGCCGCUCGAUCAAAGCAGUGGGACGCGAUGAUUACAAUGCACCCUACCAGAAGCUCACCACACAAUCGGAAGAUUUCAGUAGGAAGCUGUACAUCUUUGCGGAGAAGAGCCAACGAUACAUUUGCUUCAAUAAGCGGUGGAAACUCGUCGGCCUGCCGAAAAAACAGAAGGGACCGAUGUGCCAGUUUUACGAGGUGUACAACGGCUCCUAUCUGAGGUACAGGAGCGCCGUCGAUGGGACGCGGUAUAUCGGGUUCAACAAGUUCGGCAAGCCGAUGAAGAAUCCCCACGGCAGGCAAGAGUGUUUCAACUUCAUCAAGUACAAUCCCCAUGCCGACAUAAACCACCACAACAGCCUGGUGAACGCGGAGAUGGGCGGUAUGGAGCCGCGGGAGCCGUACGUCGUCUCGAGGAAACCGUCGCCGAUGAUGAGGGCCACGAAGAACUCCCUGUUGCAGGCCGACAGUGCGAGGGAGCACGUCCACACGUCCACGCAUCGCCAUCGGCACUCGAAUCGCUGGAAGCAUCUCUCGCAUCGGCAGGACGGGGCAGACUCGGGACCCCGGAGACGGCAUGAGAGUCGCCUCCUCGUCGAGGCCAGCAAGUAUUGAGCCACGUGCGAGCUCGCCGAUCAAGACUGCCUCCUCUGUACCCCGUGAGAACCUGAGAUCAGAACUGCCAAAUACGCUGGUGGAUCGCACGGUCGGGAUGUCAGGAGCCCACUUAACGGCGCGGCGCCUCGUGUGUCGCGACUCGAAGCACCACGUAUUCGUUCGAUCGGUCGGCGAAUCAGCACACACGCCUUAAGCUGCGCCCGUUUAGUUUCCAUUUCCGCCCGCCGGACCGAAGCAAUGUUCCCGCGGCGAGGACGGGUGUCGUCGUCGAGAUUAGCGUCCAAGAUCGGCGGUGGACACUCGUCGGCGAAGCUAUCUCAAUUUCACGCGGUUAAGUUCGAUUUACACUUGCCCCGACUGAUCUCUCUUCAGGCAAGUAUGUACCUCGUAACGUAUAAGAGCGUUUUCUUUCUCAUCGUUGAUUCCUCGGAUUCCUGGAUUUAAUUCGCGCGCGCGACUAAUAUCGCUCUCGUUAUUCUCUGUCUCUUUUUUACUUACUCUCUUUCUCCUUCUCUCCGUCUAUCUAUAUCUCUUUCUCUUUUCUUAAUCUCGUGACGAAGCGUGGCCAAUUAGUAGAAAAUAUCUUUCUUUCAAUGCUGCGCGUCGUGGUAAACGCGCGACACCUAAACGCGCCGGCUAUGGAAAUUCAUUCAAGCCGUUAUUGCUUGGUCGAUUGUUUGGAGCGACGCAAAGGAAUUCACAUCGCGUAGAAAUCGUAGCGCAACCGAACGGCUGCUGUGCUUCGAGCGCGGUCACCGGCCCGCGAUGGUAGCGCAAAGAGCCGCGCGAACGGCGCACGCCGACGGACAUGCUGUUUCCCGAUUUAUUUGGCAAAAAUAAUUCGUCUUUUGGAUACAUCACGAAAUACAGAAUUACUAACAUAAUUCGCUUAAACAAUAUUUAUACA